CCUUCCGGCUUCGUCUGUACCCGAUUCUUCAAUCUUCUUCGAAGCAGAGAAGGGAACUGAAGGCGAUUCGUUCCUCCUGGCUACCAGUUUCUUUCCAUAUCCAAUUUCUCUGCUCAUUCUUAAUUUACAAGAAAUUACUUUAUUUGUUUCAAUUUUCUCAAAGCCGGGUUUAAUCUCAGGGGAUUGCUUGUCGUAGUUCUCUGAUCUCGAUCUUGAUCUCACGAUCUCUUGAAUCUCCUUCUUUUUCUCCAUGGAGGAGCAGCAGAAGACGGCGAACGAUCAAGCAGUCAAGGAGGAUCACGAGGAGAAUGAAGCAAUUGAGAUUGUUCUCUUUCAAGUUUCUGAAUGUUAUGUCUAUUUGAUACCCCCAAGAAAAAGUGCAGCUUCCUACAGGGCUGAUGAGUGGGAUGUGAAUAAAUGGGCCUGGGAGGGAAAACUGAAAGUCGUGAGCAAGGGGGAAGAAUGCAUUAUCAGACUUGAAGACAAGAGCACAGGUGAAUUAUAUGCUCGGGCAUUCUUAAGAGAUGGAGAACAGCAUCCAGUUGAAACUGUAAUUGAUAGCAGCAGGUAUUUUGUUCUUCGCGUAGAAGAGAAUAUUGGUGGUCGCCGUCGGCAUGCAUUUAUUGGCAUAGGAUUUCGGGAAAGAACUGAGGCUUAUGACUUCCAAGCAGCUUUGCAUGAUCAUAUGAAAUAUCUCAAUAAAAAGAAGAGUGCAGAAGAGAUGGAACAACAGUUCCAGAACACAUCCUCAGUUGAUUACAGUCUGAAAGAUGGCGAGACUAUAGUACUUCAAUUAAAAAGCAAAAAAAGCACUAGCAACAUCAAGAAGUGCUCUGAGCUGGAUGUGAAAGUUUCCUCAUCAGAAGAAGAUGGCAGCACAAAAAAAGAGUCCAUUUUUUGUAUCAAACCACCUCCACCUCCCCUAUCACCACUUUCACCUGUUGAAGCUCAGAAAUCUCCAACAAAUUUACCACCAAAUAUCAAUCUGGAAGAACCUUCUAAGCACAAGACCUCAGAACCAGCAAAAGAAGACUCCAAUCCUGCUGAAGCUCAAAGCACACUCGAUGUACCUGAUGAUGACUUCGGGGAUUUCCAGACAGCUGGGUGACAUGUGGACUGUGACAUGGAACUUGUACAUUCUCAAAUACCCUAUUGAUCUUCUGUUUUCAGUAGAUUCCGCGCUACGAAUUGCUUAGGCUUCACUUUACAGUUCAGAGAUUUCAUGUACUGUUGUUUAACCUAGUUGUGAGAUUAGGCUUGGAGAGUUGCCAAUAAAGAGUGAUCCAAAAAUUAUGUGAUUUUACCAUAAACUCAGCAGUUUAAAAAGAUUAACUGUGAUGAAGCUCAAGUAAAGAGACAAAAGGGAAUAUGGAACAUCAUGAAAAUUUUUAUUUCUCACAAGUUUUAUCUUGCUGUGUGGACGGUUCAACAAACAACUCUUGAAAACAGCGUAGGUUUGCUGUCUGCUGCUAUGAAUAAUUAUCAAGAGUUUAGGGUUUGUA